AUGGCUGCUCCUCGUUCAAGUUCUUUACGUGCCCUCCGCGUGCUCUCGCAGCACACCCGUACUACCCCCUCUGUCCGUCGGGGGUUGCACAUCACUGGCGCCAACUCGGCGCAAACCGCCAAUGCCUCGGAGAGGGCAUCCUUGUAUGCCACUCGUACCCUGAACGAUCUCAAGGGCGAGUGCCAGAAGCGGGCCCUGAGGUCCAGUGGCACCCAGUCCGAGCUGGUCGAACGUCUCUCCAACCAUGACUUCCUCCAGUCCCGCGCCUUCAGCAUUGCCAUGAGGAGGAUCAACGGCAGCUCUAACGCGGAGAAAACCCACGGCCGGCAAUUCAACACUUCCCGCUCCAACAAGGCCGUCAAUGACUCAUCCACCGUUGACUUCGCCUACAUGCCCUCCAUGGCGGAGAUCGAUGGGGCGUCUGCUCGCCCGGAGACCCAGAUUCCGAUCCUUUCCGACAUCUUCACCACCUAUGACUCGACACAGACCCAGGACUCGCCUAUGAAGCCCCAGGUUUACACUGUGUCCGGGGGUGCGGGUGAUGUCUCGGCUAGUCCCAUGACCGAGGUUGUCGACAACCUCUCCGUGGACAUCGACCCAUACUCCCUGACUGAGGCUGUUGGUAAAUCCAGACUCGGCGAGGAGCUCGAGAAGCAGCAGAACGGCAAGCCCGGUGUGGUCCGGGAACUAUGGUCCGGUCUCUUGGAUGAUAUCUUAGGCCCCAAGCAUGCCGUGAAACACUAGUUGUCUGUCUCAUGUUUAUUAUAUGUCUUCUUGUCUCGUUUCCAGCGAUGGUUGAUGGUGACCCUCCAGUGGGCUUUUUACAUUCGUUCAGCUUAAGGCUUAGCACUGCGACACAAUCCUGCUCUUGAUGAAUUAGGAUUAUCAAAUGAAUACGUUUCAUUUCUCACAG